CUGUCUCCCGAAACCAAGUUCCCCGGCCCUGCCGAGGACUGCUACGCAGCCACCAUCUGGGCCGCCAACAACGCCAGCAGCCUGAAUGCCGAUGCUUCCCGCCUAGCCGUGGGCGGCGACAGCGCCGGGGGCAAUCUGGCCGCUGGGAUAUCGCUGAUGGCCGCCGACCGUGGUCGCCCGGCCAUCGUACACCAGUUGCUGGUGUACCCAGUUACCGAACGCAACUACCAGACCGGUUCGUACCAGGACAACGCCGAGGGGUUCCUUCUGGCGCGGGACGCCAUGCAGUUCUACUGGGACGCCUACCUGGCCAGCGACGCUGAUGCGUCCAAUCCCUACGCCGCUCCGAUGCAGGCCGACAGCCUGGCUGGGCAGCCUUCGGCGCUGGUGAUCACGGCGGAGUUCGACCCGCUCCGGGACGAGGGCGAGGCUUAUGGCCGCCGCCUCCAAGAGGCCGGGGUCGAGACUACGAUCAGCCGGUACGACGGCAUGAUCCACGGCUUCUUCGGCAUGGUUGGGAUCAUGGACAAGAGUGGGCAGGUGAUGGAGGAAGCGACCGCCGCCCUGCGCGCCGCCUUCGCGGACGCCUCCGUCCCGGCCCCAGCCGACGACUAG